AUGCUGUCGUUCAGCGCCAGUGGAUUUGUUGUGCAUCGACACAUCAUUUUUCCCGGACAACGACUGAAAAGGGAAAUUUUACAAGGUUUUCCGGCUGCAUGGGGUAUGGGCCAUAGUGAACGUGGAUGGAUGGAUACCAACAAUUUUAAAAAUUACAUAGAAAAAGUGUUUCAUCCGUGUUUAGUGAAACAAGGCACAAAAUUUCCUUUUUUUUUUGUGGACGGCCAUGUAUCCCAUAAAUCGAUAGAAGUUGUUGAUAUUUGCCAAUCACUUGGUAUAAUUUUUAUUGCAUUAUACCCCAACACAACCCACAUCACCUAACCUGCUGACGUUGCCGUUUUUAAACCGCUGAAAGAUGCAUGGAGAGAUUCCCUGGAGCAAUGGCGUUAUGAAAAUGCUAAUGAAAAUUUCACCCUGAACUAUUUCGGCGAAAUGCUACAGAAAGCAAUGAAAAUUGGUAUAAAAAAUGGAUUCCGAGUGUGUGGUUUGCAUCCCUUCACCCCAGAGCACAUUGACUAUACGAAAUUCCUAAACAAAUUACAGUUACAUCCCGGCCCAACUCAUCCAGAAAUAGCUUCCCAGGCAACGUUGAUCAAAAUGACUCGUUCAUGGAACAGGCUGAGCCCCCAAAUUCUUCAGAAGGAUCUAGCAACCUGGAACGUCUGGUGGAAGAAUCGUUUGCGAGAGCCUAAUACAGCAGGCAAAGCUCAAAAUAAGGAAAAUGUGCCAUUUUCAGACGUUUUCAACUUGCCCCCCACACCUUGCCAAAGUCAAAAACAUCGCAAUUUUAAAUUGCGCUACUACUCAGUUCUUACUGCAGGAGAGCGGCUGCAUGACAUGAACCGCAAAGAGGAAGAAAAACUUCGACUGCAAGAGGAACGCAAGAAAAAAGCUAUGCUACGCCAGAAAGACAAAGAAAAGCGAGAAGCGGAACAAAAAGCUAAAAAAGAAGCUCGAUUUCUAAAGAAAAACGAAUGUGAUAACGUAAAAAAGUGCUGUAGUCGAAUUAAAUUAUUAUAG